AUGGGGUUCCUCUCACCCGCUCCGUAUCACAUUCUCAGCUAUGGCACUCUCCUCGGCACAACCUUCUUCCACACCUUUGUAGGCGGCAUCGUCUCCUUCCGGGUGCUAACUCGACCGCAAUUCGCCGCUCUCAUGGCCAAGAUCUUCCCCAUUUACUUCAGCAUGCAGACGGCGCUCCCGGCCGUCAUGGCCUUGACCUAUCCGGGGAGCAAGAACCCGUUUGGCAGCGCCGGCGGGGUGUCUGGGGUGCUCGACCCGUCCAACCGGUGGAGUGUACUGGCUCCGCUAGCCAGCGCUUUCCUCUGCUCGCUGGGGAACUUGGUCUUUAUUGGACCUGCGACGACCAAGUGUAUGGACGAGAGAAGACAACAGGAGAAGAAGGACGGCAAAAAGUCGUAUGACCCGCCGCCGCACUCGCAGGAAAUGGUGGCUCUCAACAAAAAGUUCUCCAUGCUUCACGGCAUUUCGUCGCUGCUGAAUCUGGGGACCUUCAUUGCCUCAGUGGUGUAUGGGGUCACGCUGUCGUCGCGGCUGUCGUGA